AUGGAGUCCAAGGCCAAGGGUCAGAGCAAGAGCAAGCCGAGCAACGAUCGCAUCUCCAAGCGAGCGAGAGCACAGAGCAGGCGGCAGGAAGCGGACCUCUGCCCGCCGCCCGCAUAUUCGGUCAAAGACGCCGGGGCUGCGACGAGGACCGUGCAGAUUGGACAAGAGUUCGUACACCCCUUGGUCCUAGUCGAUACCGCACAAGACCAUCGAAGCGGCAGCUCGCGAAAAGAGCAACGGUCCGAGAGUCCUCGACACAAAAUCACAGCGGCCGGCAUGUCCUCCCUCAUGACGCCGUCGACGCUCAAAGCAUACAGCCAUGUGUGCCCCUAUUUGAAGCGCACAUCUGCGCCUACCCUCCGUCACCUGAGCACGAGCUCGAUCGAGGGUGUCAACAGACUGCGCCGCAAGGCCGGUGACUGUCCCAUCAUGGCAGCCGCGAUCCAGUACCGACAGGUUCAGCUCAGUUGUGCAGCAUCGACAGGCCAGAUCAGAGGCUAUGCUGCCGUUGCCAACCGCAAGGAGAUCGACGAGAUCCACCGAUCCUCGGGCGUUACCAUCCAGCCGGGUCAAGGCGGCAUCUGUCCCCAUGCUGCUGCCGGUGCCGAAGCCGCGCGGCGUGCACAGUCACUCGCUGCUCAGGCUAUGACUCGCUCGUCAGUCACACCCGAGCACGAUAGCCGCACGGCGCCGUCCACUCGCUCCGGUACAUCGCCCGUCACCUCUGCCUUCAAGGCGGGCUCGGGCUCAGAGGCUACCCGGCUCAAUCAGGGCAUGACAGGCGUCCGGCGAGGUCGCUUCGACUACAACGCCUUUUACGGCGAGGAGUUGGACAAGAAGCAUCGCGACCGCUCCUACCGUUAUUUCAACAAUAUCAAUAGGCUUGCUGCGAAAUGGCCUGUAGCCCAUACUGCCGUCGAAGGCGAUGAAGUCACCGUUUGGUGCGCCAACGAUUACUUAGGCAUGGGACGCAACCCCGUCGUCGUCAACGCCAUGCACGAUACCCUCACGAAAUACGGCGCCGGUGCCGGUGGCACGCGCAAUAUCGCGGGCAAUGCCGCCCUGCACCUCUCGCUCGAGGCAGAGGUUGCCGAUCUCCAUAGGAAGCCAGCUGGACUCGUGUUCAGUUCGUGCUACGUCGCCAACGAUGCUACUCUGGCUACACUCGGUCAGAAGCUGCCGAAUUGCGUUUUCUUGUCUGACUCGAGCAACCACGCAUCCAUGAUCCAAGGCAUACAGCAUUCCAAAGCGCGCAAGAUGGUCUUCAAGCACAAUGACUUGGCCGAUCUUGAAGCGAAGCUUGCCUCGUUGCCACUCGAGACGCCGAAAAUCAUUGCCUUCGAAUCUGUCUAUUCCAUGUGCGGCUCCGUCGGACCUAUCGAAGGUAUCGUCGAGCUCGCCGAAAAGUAUGGUGCAAUCACCUUCCUCGAUGAGGUACACGCAGUCGGCAUGUACGGCCCCCGCGGUGCUGGUGUUGCGGAGCACCUCGACUACGAGGCGCAAGCUCGCGGCGCGUCUGCUGGCACCAUCAUGGACCGCGUCGAUAUGUUCACCGGUACGCUCGGCAAAGCUUACGGCGUCGUCGGUGGCUACGUAGCUGGCUCUGCCGAUCUGAUCGACGUCGUUCGCUCGUAUGCGCCUGGCUUCAUCUUCACCACUUCUUUGCCGCCAGCGGUCGUCUCUGGCGCUCGCGCUGCCAUCCAGUACCAGGUCAACUACCUUGGCGAUCGUCGCCUGCAACAGCUCAAUACGAUCGAGCUCAAGAAUGAUCUCGCCAGCGCAGACAUUCCUGUCAUUCCCAAUCCCAGCCACAUCGUGCCUGUACUCGUCGGCGAUGCCCAACUCGCCAAGGAUGCCUCUGACAUGCUGCUCAAUGAUUAUGGAUGCUACAUCCAAGCCAUCAACUACCCCACUGUCGCCGUCGGUGAAGAGCGACUUCGUAUCACGCCUACGCCAGGCCACACUGCUGAUCAGCACCGCCACCUCGUCAAGUCACUCCAGCAAGUCUGGGCCAGGUUGGGUCUCAAGAAGACUUCAGACUGGGCAGCGCUCGGCGGCAGAGCCAACGUUGGCGUUGCCAAGCCUGCAAAGGUAGAGCGACUCUGGACCGACGCACAGCUCGGUCUGCUCGAUGGCACGGCUCCUCAGCGCAUUGCCGGUGCAAGUCAGCAGACGCCUGCCAGUCACCCUUCGGCAAUGCCCGAAGUACCGACCAUGUCCUCUCCUGCAACAGUCAUGGCAUGAGGCACCCAUGGAAAUUGUAUGCGCUCGAAUGCAAUGUCAAAACUUGGAAUGAACAUUGCAGAUGCAAUACAUGAGGGAGUAUGAUACAGCUCUGAGGACCCGUCAACGUGGGCGCUCAGGAACGCCUUUUGCCUUGCUUCCAUUCGAGGGCUUUUUGACCGUCUCGCUCGACUUUGCGGCUAGCGCCGAUGCUGUUUGGUCUGCAGGCAAGCUCCUCUAGUGCGUCGAGCAUCUUCUCCCUCACUUCAUGCACGAGCGCUUCGAUGUCUUCGUGCGAACUUGUCCGCCCUUGUGUGCUGACAGGCGGUAAGACU